AUGUCAUCCCGACGCCCGUCGGACAGUAGCCCGGAGGAUACUCCGCUCGCCACACCACCUAACGAGGAGGCCUCCGCUGGCGCUUGGACAUCCCAAGACAACGAUGACACAAAUCCAGCGAGUGCGGCGGUUGUGCCACACGAUCAAACCGAGUCGGCGCGACACCAGUCGGAGGAAGGCAUCUUCCCGCCUGAAAUUGCAGCGAAGCUUGAUCGUCCCUGGCACCCAGCUGUUUCCGAAGAAAACUCAUUAUCGCCCGAUGUCGAGUUCGCGUCGUCCGACCAGUUGGAUAACGAAGUCGAUGACCUUGAUUUCAAGCGCUUGGCCAUAGACGACGCCGAAGUAGAGGAAAAGGCGGAGGACCCGCCCCGCUCGGCUCCUGAGCAAUUGGAACUACCACCCCUCCCAGUGGACGGGUUCGUCGUCGGCGACAUGGUGAAGGGUUAUCCCAUCAGUCAGGGUGCGUUUGCCAAGACGUGGGAGAUGCAAUGCUGCGUGACGGGGCGCGUGGUGUGCGUUAAGAGCAUGCACAAAAUUGAAAUGGCCAAGAAGUAUCGUAGUGUCCUAUUCGCCGAACUAAGGGCCUACAAGCGCAUUGCUGAUCAAUUCACGCGGGCACCAUAUAUCAUGCAGUGCCAUGGGUUCUUGCAGGAAUUCUCGUAUAUCCAUCUGGUACUGGAAUGCAUGGAGCGAGAUAUGAUGGACCUGAUCCACGCCGGCAGAGUCAAUGGUCAGGAGAAGCGCUGGAUCGCGCAGACGGCUGUUGGAAUCGACGCUCUGCACAAGAUGGGAAUUCUCCAUCGGGAUAUCAAACCAGAGAACCUACUUGUCGAUGCGCAAGGCAACAUUACCAUCAGCGACUUCGGAUGUUCCUACGUCCAUGACCGACGUGGACCGCUAUGGCCGUAUAGGACAUAUUGUGACGAAUAUAUCGGUACUGACCCGUACACUGCCCUGGAAGUUCACAAUCGCCAACCGUACGGUGUUGCGGUUGACUGGUGGUCUUUGGGCUGCGUUCUAUUCGAUCUGCUCGCUGGAUGUUAUUUGUUUGACGGCGAAGACGAGAGAUGUGACCAGUGGCGCUUGUACGAAAGAUGGGACGAACUUGGCGACGCCUCGGGCCCUAGCUACCCUGCCUGGCGGGCUAGUCGUAAUGGCGUCACCUUAACGAAGGAACAAGAUCAUCUCAUAUGUGCGCUGAUUCGAAAGGAUCCGAAACAUCGGUAUCGCUUCGCAACCCUAGCCCUGGACGAGUGGUUUGUGGAUGAGAAUGGAAAGAAUCUCGUCCUUGAAGCACGCGCACAGGCGGCGGAAAUAGAUUACUCAUCGCUGAAGAAUAUCGACGAGCCUUUCGUUCCUGACACCCGUCCAGAGACUUAUUCUCUCGACGAUCCCGUCUAUAACUAUCCCUCCUACAUCCCAACCGACGGGUGUGACGGCUUGUACAGAGACUUAGGCUGGAUCAACCCAAAGGGAAUGUGGGGAGAUCUCCCAGCUCCCCCACCGAUGCGACAUUAGUGCACAGUUCUUGCAUCGUAUAAUUAUAUUGCUUAUUAUGAAUGACUGUCGU